AUGGCCAAAAUACUUGACGCGACUUCCAAGGCAAAGAUUAAACUUUCUCCCGACGAGAUUGUAAACUCACACCGCGUUGGACACCCAAAGAGACAAAGAGCUGGACCCCGUCAAAUCAUCGCGAGACUCAACUCGGUCGAUACCAAAUUCCGCAUCUUACGCAGUUCCAAGUUAUUCCAGAACAACGUUCAAACCAAGGGAAUUUCGGUAAGCGAAGACCUCACAAAGUAUAGAGACAAACUACUGUAUCUGUGCAGGCAGUUGUGUCGCAACGGUGAGCUGAAGAAGGCAUGGUCAUCAAACGGGAAGAUCUCCGUCAGGGACAACUCUGAUAGAGUACACCACAUACGCGCGGAAUCGGACCUUGCCCCAUUCGGCCACGUACCGCCCACCGCUGAGUCGUAG